AUGCGGAUUUCACCCUCACUGGUUCGGCUCCUGAUCGUGCUCUUCGUUGCACUUGGCUCCCUCACCUAUGGAUACUGCAGUAGCAUUAUCGCCACGACAUUGGGACAACCCUCCUUCAUCAGCUAUUUCGCUCUCGACACACGCUCCAAUGCGACAGACCUUAUUGGAGCCAUCAAUGGACUCUAUCAAGCUGGAGGACUUUUCGGAUGUCUCUCAUGCAUCAAAUCUGCAGAUUGGUUUGGCCGCAGAAAAGCCAUUUUGUUCACCUCAGUGAUCACGGUCAUCGGAGGUGCUCUCCAAUCCGGCAGCGUCAACAUCGGCAUGUACAUCGCUAUGCGAUUCAUUACCGGCUUCGGAAUAGGCGCCCUGGUCACCCUUGUGCCUCUGUAUCAGUCCGAGAUAUCACCCCCUCGGAUCCGUGGCUGGCUUGUAGGCAUGCACGGAGUUUUUAUUUGCGUGGGGUAUUCCCUCGCAAGCUGGGUCGGACUAGGCUUCUAUUUCGUCAACGCAAGCGGCGCACAAUGGCGGCUGCCGCUGGCGAUCCAGUGCUUGCCACCUCUAUUCUUGUCGCUCGGUAUCCUUCUCCUCCCAGAGUCUCCGAGAUGGCUACUGGACCAUGAUCGCGUGGAAGACGCAUACAAGUCAUUCAAGACAGUCCGCGCAGAAACCACGGACAACAUCGCCAACAACGAAGGGGCUCUCUUGGCCGAGUUCAACUUGCUUCAGGGCCAAUUACUUCAUGAGAAGCAGGAAGAGCUGUCUCUACUUGACCUCUUCAGACGACCGUCUAUGAGGAAGAGAUGCAUCAUUGGGUGGCUCACAAUGUUUGGUGCCCAGGGAACUGCGACUUUGGUCAUUAACAACUAUGGUCCUUCGCUAUAUGCAUCUUUGGGCUUCGGAACUGUCCAACAACUUCUCAUUCAAGGUGGAUGGAUCACUGUCUGUCCUUUUGGCAAUUGGAUCAAUGCAUUGGUUGUUGAUAAAAUCGGUCGGACUCGAAUGCUCAUGUUCGGUUUCGCUGGUUGCGUUAUCGCUCUGAUCGGCGAAUGCAUUACUGUCGACGUCUUCCAACGCACGGGUCACCGAAGCGCUGCCAGCGCGGCAGUGUUCUUCCUGUUCUUGCACAUUGGAUUCUUCUCCGUCUCGUGCGAUGCGACGUCUUACAUCUACGCUUCCGAAAUCUUCCCAACUCCCGUGCGAGCAAAGGGUCUUUCUGUAUCGGUGUCAGGUCUAUUCGUGGCCACCAUCAUUUUCCUCCAAUGUGCACCAGAAGCCUUCUCAACAAUUGGCUGGAAGUAUUACACCGUCUUCAUCUCAAUCACCACUGUCAUCUUCUUCAUAGUCUGGUUCUGGUUCCCUGAGACACGUGGACGUUCUCUUGAAGACAUUGGCGAACUCUUUGGCGACUCUGUUGAACCAGUGCCAGUGCCUGAGAAAGGUCAAGCAGAGAACAUCGAGGUGGUGCACACUGGAGAAAUGCGAGAGAAAUUGUGA